GCGCGGCGCGGGGCUCUGCGCGCGGCGCCUCAGGCAUUGCGGCGGGCAGCCCGGGCUCCGGUGCGCCGCGGGCGUGGGAAGACCCCGGCGCCGGCGGUGGCGCAGAGCCGGUGGACGCGGCGGUAGACAGCAUCGGGCGUCGCGAGCGAGUGCGCUGCUUGUCUGUGGGUCGUGCUUUUUCGACGGUGCUCGGGCGCUGGCUGAUCGUCGGGCGGCCGGCGCCAUGUCUGUGAGCGAGAUCUUCGUGGAGCUGCAAGGCUUUUUGGCUGCCGAGCAGGACAUCCGAGAGGAAAUACGAAAAGUUGUACAGAGCUUAGAACAAACUGCUCGAGAGAUUUUGACCCUGCUUCAAGGGGUCCAUCAGGGCACUGGGUUUCAGGACAUUCCAAAGAGGUGCUUGAAAGCUCGUGAACAUUUCGGUACGGUAAAAACACAUCUAACGUCCCUGAAGACCAAGUUUCCUGCUGAACAGUAUUACAGGUUUCAUGAGCACUGGCGGUUUGUGCUCCAGCGCCUGGUCUUCCUGGCGGCCUUCGUAGUGUAUUUGGAAACAGAGACCCUGGUGACUCGAGAGGCGGUUACAGAGAUUCUCGGCAUUGAACCAGAUCGGGAGAAAGGAUUUCAUCUGGAUGUGGAAGAUUAUCUCUCAGGAGUUUUAAUUCUUGCCAGUGAGCUGUCGAGGCUGUCUGUCAACAGUGUGACUGCUGGAGACUACUCGCGGCCCCUUCACAUCUCUACUUUCAUCAAUGAGCUGGAUUCAGGUUUUCGCCUUCUCAAUCUGAAAAACGACUCCUUGAGGAAGCGCUACGAUGGCUUGAAGUACGACGUGAAGAAAGUAGAGGAGGUGGUCUAUGAUCUUUCUAUCCGUGGCUUCAAUAAGGAGACAGCAGCGGCUUGUGGUGAAAAAUAGGAGCUUCUCCCUGCAGCUGGCCUUGCUGGCUUGGCAGUUGCCAGGGAGGGCUAGCACAGUGCCUCUUCCUGUAGUUAGCACACUAGUUGCUAAACACUGCGCUUUAUUUUCCUAACCAGCUGUAUGGUGUAUCAGAAUUGAAAUAACUUUUUGGAUCUUAAAAAAAAAAAAACCUUUCCAUGGAUGGAAUUUUUUCUUUGUUGAAGUUUCAGUGAAAUUGCUGUGUACUUCAUUGUAUUACUGAUUUGUCAACAGUGUAAAUGUUGGUCUCUUGGUAAAAGUCCUUUUUGCUUACCUGACUGUUCAUGUAUUGAUUGACAGGUUUGUUGUCUUGUUUGUGAUUCUCCCAGAAGUGAGCCAUGAUGUUUUCUAGGUCCAAAUUAAUCCUUCAUUCCCAGUUGUAGCCUGGAUACAGUAUGAGAAUAGAACUUAAGGAGAAUGGUUGACAAGCAAGGGGACUUUAUUUUCCCCUUUUUAUUUUAAGCCUUGUAAAUUAGUUGAUUUUUUUUUUUUUUUUGCGAAGAAAAUUAGAGGCUCUGACUCUCUCACUGCCAUCAAAAUAUAGCGGAUGAAAGUGUACAGCCUGAACCAGCAAGGUCAGGCUAGAAAGCUCUUCUGUUAGGGUUAUGGUGAUGUCUUCUGUCGGGGUAGAGCACCUUUUUUCUGGGGUCGCCUUAUAUCUUGCCUGCUGUUGCAGUUAGAGUCCUCACACCUGACUUGGUCUAACACCCAUGUGCUGUAUUCACAAAUAAGACCAGUUCCUAGCCGCCAGUUAGACCUCAUCCUCAUGCUUUCAUUCAUUAUUGGUACCUGAGGAAAGUGUUCUUGGAGAAAACAGUGCCAUUUGCUGUAGAAGAAAGUAAAACUUGGCUUUAAAAAAAAUCCAUGUAGCCAGGUGGUGGUGGUACACACCUUUAAUUCCAGCACUUGGGAGGGGGAGGCAGGCAGAUCUCUUGUGAAUUUCAGGCCAGCCUAGUCUACAAAGCAAGUCCAGGACAGCCAAGGCUACACGCAGAAAAACUCUGUCUCAAAAAAAAAAAAAAAAAAAAAAAAAAAAAAAAAAAAAUUAAAGAAAAAAAGAAAGUCAGGUUUUGAUGCUAUCAGUACAUUUUAAUGUACAGUUCAGGGUAGUCAGGGUACACUUUGUGGGCUCCUCCAUCCCUCUUCUGUGCAGACAGCAUAAGAAUGGAUAUCUGGCCAUUCUUGGCGCAGAACUGAAAUUAUUAAAGUCACAGCUGGUGAUGUAGCUCAGUGGUAGACUUGUUUGGCAGGUGUGAUGCACUGAUUCCAUCCUUAGGACUUCAAAAAAACUGCAAAAGGCCAACAAACCAAAAAUAGCUCAGUUUUUGCACCCUCGAGAAAAGAAGCUACUGGCAUUUCCCGUUUAAUAGGAAGUAUUUAGGAAUGUCACCCUCUUUUGCUUGAUAGCAAUUUGGGCUUUGUGUUUGUCCAGUGGGAUAUUUGACAUUGGCUUUUAUCAGGCCAUGGCCAAAGACUGACUGUAAAGUGGGGCCUGAAAGUGCAGGCCUGUACUCCCAGGUACUCAGGGAGGCUGAGGCAGGAGGAUGGCAAGUUCAAGGUUUUGAGGGUACCCUGGCAGAAAGAGACCCUGUGGCAAAAACCAACCCAAGAGGCUAGCGUUAGGUUUCAGUGACAGUGUUUUCCUAGCAUGUUUGAGGCCUUGGGUUCAACCCCUCAUUCUGCAGCAGGAUGGGGUGAGGCAGACUCUUAGUUUCCAAUCAUGAUGGAAGAAGUAAGGAUGAGCUGUGAUUGCUAUAUAUUGUUGGACAUGUAGACAGCUUUCUAAUCUUUUUGCAGGAUUAGAAUAAGGUAUUAGACUAAUUUUGUUAGUUUGCCUUUGAGACAGGGUUUUGUUAACAGCCCAGGCUGGCCUGGAACUCACACCUUUGUUUCCAUUUCCUGAGUACAGGUAUAGGCUCUUGAGUGUCUAAGAAGGUUGUUUAAAAUGCUAGUGAUAACACAACCUGGACUGAGUAGACGGCUUUCCAGCUACACAGUCAGUUAGAGACUGGAGGUUCCACAGGUCCUUGCUUUGUUGCUUAAGUGUGAGUUCUGCUGGACAGCAUUAAAGCUCUUGCCAAAAGUUUCAGAUUUUCCCUUUAGAGACAGAGGGUGUGGUGUCCCGCCUGCAGGGUUGUCUAGGCUGGGCUCAACCUCCCGGGCUCAAGCCCUCCUCUUGCCUCAGCCUGCCAAGGAGCUGGGGCUCUAGGUCACUGCCACUGUACCGAACUGUUGAACUUCAGUUUUAACACCUGCAAUGAAAUUGCAGGAGUGAAGAAGUACGUUCUGGUGUUGUGAUUCCAUAUGAGAGUUCAGAAAUGUCGUGUUGAUAAUUAGUUGUGUUCGUUGCUGGCUUGUAAAGCAAUAAAACUGUUCUUAGUCUCUU